CUUCUCCCUGCUGCCUCCCUUACCAGUCCCACUCCUCCUCACCCCACUCAUCCCUUGUACACAGGGCGCUGGAUUGAGUUCAGCCCCUUCGGCCGGAGGCUCGGGUUUAUCUGGAACCAGAGAGGAAGCCAUUCGGGAGCUGUGCGCCGUGAGGUGAAGGAGGGCUCCGUCGCGGACGCUGGGGGGGAGUGUGAGAGAGAGGACCGGGAACCGGGGAGUUGACCUUUUUUCCACAUAAACUCGGGUUCGUGAGGGAGAGCGGGGAGCCAUGGCGGCGUUCUCUGCCCUUUGGGUGCUCGUACUGUGCCAGCUACUAGCAGCAUCCUCGGCCCAGAGGCAGGGCCCCAGAGGAGCUCCUGGGCCACCAGGACCCCCAGGACCACCAGGAAAGGAUGGCACUGAUGGCAAACCUGGACCUGCUGGACUGCAAGGGAAAGCAGGUCCCAAAGGGAAAGCAGGAAUACCAGGAGCAGCAGGAAAACCAGGCCUGCCAGGACUUCCAGGGGUGGAUGGUUUGACAGGUCCCGAUGGUCCUGCCGGGAAGGAUGGACCCCCAGGGGAAGCAGGCGAGUCCGGACCUCCCGGGCCACCUGGACCUCCUGGCAGAGGGAGACCAGGAGCUCCCGGACUUCCUGGAACCAACGGGUUGCCAGGGGGAGUCGGACCCGUGGGUCCGGUGGGUGCUGAGGGUCUUCCGGGACUUCCUGGACCUCCUGGCCCUGAUGGACCCCCAGGUCUUCCUGGUACUCUUCAUGAUCUCAAUGGUGACCUUCUGUGUCCUGCAAUCUGCCCUCCUGGUCCCUCUGGUCCUCCUGGGAUGCCAGGAUUCAAGGGUCACACAGGACAUAAAGGAGACAAAGGAGAGCCUGGGAAAAAUGGAGAGAAGGGUGACGCUGGUCCACCUGGCCCACCAGGUAUUCCCGGCACUGUGGGUCUGCAGGGCCCACGUGGUCUAAGAGGUUUACAGGGCCCAAUGGGACCUGUGGGAGACAGAGGCCUGGCUGGUUUCAGAGGCAAGCCUGGCAUCGCCGGCAUCAUUGGAAAAACAGGUGAUGCUGGAGAAAAAGGACCACAGGGAUUCAAAGGACCCAAAGGAGAAAUUGGUACCAUUGGUCCCAAAGGAGCUCCAGGGGGAGCAGGACCCAAAGGGGAGCCUGGUAUUCCUGGCAGAGAUGGCAAAGACGGUACACCAGGGUUAGAUGGCGAGAAGGGUGAUGCUGGACGCCAUGGAGUAGUUGGAGAGAAAGGACCAAAUGGCCUUCCUGGUCUACAAGGAAAGGCUGGUGCAAAGGGAUCUAAAGGAGAAGUUGGUGAUCCAGGGAAGGCUGGGGAGACAGGACCCUCUGGAGAGCCAGGUAUUCCUGGUGAGAUCGGCAUCCCUGGAGAGAGGGGGAUAGCAGGACCCAGAGGAGUGGCUGGAGGUAUUGGACCAGCGGGCAACCCGGGGCCUCAGGGAGUGAAAGGCUAUCAGGGGGUAAAAGGAUCCUUGGGGGAUCCAGGUCUUCCAGGUCCAACAGGAAUCCGUGGAGAGUUUGGUGAAAGGGGUCCAGUUGGAGCUUAUGGAGCUAAAGGAGAAAUGGGUGUGGCAGGAAGUGAUGGUUUACCAGGAGAGAACGGAGAACCUGGUCCCUUUGGACCAGUUGGACACAAAGGAGAGGCAGGGAAGCGGGGUGAACUGGGACCUAAGGGCGUGACAGGUCCACAGGGAGAGCUCGGUGCAAGAGGGCCUCCAGGAAAACAAGGGUCAAUGGGCUUCCAAGGGGAACAAGGUGUGCCUGGAAUUGCAGGAAAGACAGGUGUACCCGGUAAACUGGCAAGUGAGCAGCACAUCAGAGAGCUGUGCGGCUCAAUGAUUGAUGAUCAGAUUGCACAGCUGGCCGCUAACCUUCGAAGACCCCUGACCCCUGGAAUGGUGGGCCGCCCAGGCCCUGCUGGGUCUCCAGGACAGCCAGGAGUUGCUGGCUCUAUUGGGCAUCCAGGUGCCCGUGGACCUCCAGGGUACAGGGGACUGCCAGGAGAACUUGGAGACCCUGGUACCAGAGGUGAUGUUGGUGAGCCAGGUGACAAGGGAUCCACUGGCAAAGCCAUUGAUGGGCCCAUUGGAGACCAAGGAUACCAGGGUCUUCCAGGAGUACCUGGAAUUGUCAAAGAUGGGCGUGAUGGAUCUCCAGGAGAUCCAGGUGAGCCUGGAGAGCCAGGCAGAGUAGGUAGGACUGGGCACCAGGGACCUCCUGGAAUCUGUGAUACAUCAGCCUGCCAGGGGGCAUCAGUCGCUGGGAAAUCCUCCAACCCCAAAAACCAUUAAACAUGACUUCCUGCAACCUGACGGAAUCCACCCCAAGGAGGGAGGGUGAAAAGUGAGGGGAGGAAGAAAUGAAAGAAGAGAGUGAUCACAAAAAUGUCCUCUUUAUUUAAAUACAUGUAUCACAAGAUGGGAAGAGUAACAUCAACAGGUGUGAUAUUUUGAGAGGAAUAGAGGAACAUCCAAGGAGUAACAUGAAUACCAGAACAACUGAGAGACAAAAACAUCACAAUGACAUCCAGAAAUAAAGUGGA